GGGUUUUUUCCUUUCCAAGGUUCGUGUCUUCGGGACUUCUGAGUUUUACCUCGCUUGCCGAUCACAGAACGAUCUGGGCUUCGAGUUGAACAUCUUCAGGAAAGAGUUAUCUGAAUAUCAACAGAAGGAAAGAUGUCUGGUGAGGAGGCUGCUGUUGUUCCAGAGGCUUCUAUCAUUGCUCCUGAGUUGGAUUUGAUGACAGCCAUCCAACUUGUGCUCAAGAAAUCAUUGGCUCAUGGAGGGCUUGCGUGUGGGCUGCAUGAAGGCGCAAAAGUGAUUGAGAAGCAUGCUGCCCAGCUAUGCUUAUUGGCGGAGGACUGUGAUCAACCCGAUUAUGUGAAGUUGGUAAAAGGACUUUGUGUUGAUCACAAUGUAAGCUUGGUAACAGUACCAAGCGCAAAGACCCUUGGCGAGUGGGCUGGUUUAUGUAAGAUCGAUUCAGAGGGAAAGGCCAGGAAGGUUGUUGGAUGCUCAUGUGUUGUGGUCAAGGAUUAUGGGGAGGAAAGCGAAGGGCUCGGAGUUGUUCAGCAGCACAUAAAGUCUCACUGAUCGACAAUGAGUCUUAUUUGUCAGGCUUGGAGUAAACUAUGGAGGACCUUCUAUAUGUUUUCCUGUUGGAACCUAGCUCUAGAGCAGUUUUUAGUAUUCCCAUUUAGCAAAUUCUGAAACUUUCGUUCAAAAUUGAAUAGAUUGAAUGAAAAAAGAAGAGUGUAUUCAGAAACUUUUUCACUUUUUGAGGCAUGUUUUCCUGC